CUCCUUUUACAACAUGGGUUUUGGACAUUAGUGUCCUCGAUCUACUUGAAAACAUGGCGGUCUCCGGCGGCGUUGGACUUAAACGCAAACUUGUCGAUGUUCCCGACGAUUUCUCCGACAGCGACGAUGAAAUUGCUCCUGUGAAGGAUCCCAAGAUCGACAAAAGCAGAAGCUGUCCCUACCUCGACACAAUCAACAGGACUUUGCUGGAUUUUGACUUUGAGAAACUGUGUUCGGUGUCGCUAUCUCACCUCAAUGUCUAUGCCUGCCUUGUGUGUGGAAAGUAUUUUCAAGGGCGGGGCCGGAAGUCCCACGCCUACACCCACAGCGUCCAGAUCAACCACCACGUGUUCCUCAACCUACACACCCUCAAGUUUUACUGCCUGCCCGACAACUAUGAAAUCGUCGAUUCCUCGUUAGAAGACAUCACAUAUGUAUUGAAGCCAACGUUUAAGAAGGAACACAUUGAAAGCCUCGACAGGAACACCAAGCUAUCUCGAGCCUACGAUAAAACUACGUAUCUGCCGGGCAUCGUGGGGCUGAACAACAUCAAGGCCAACGACUACUGCAAUGUACUUCUUCACGCCUUGGCACACAUCGUCCCCCUUCGGGACUACUUUCUGGAGGAGCAGAACUACAUCAACAUCAAGUUGCCACCGGGCGACAUCAUGUGCCUCUUGUCGCAGCGGUUCGGCGAGCUGAUGCGCAAGAUGUGGAAUCCGAGAAACUUCAAGGCCCACGUCAGCCCCCACGAGAUGCUGCAGUCGGUCGUCCUGUGCAGCAAGAAGAGAUUCCAGAUCACUAAACAGGGCGAUCCAGUGGAAUUCUUGUCCUGGUUUCUGAACGCCCUGCAUGCCUCGCUUGGCGGCACCAAGAAAGCCAAAAGCAGCAUCCUCUACACCACCUUCCAAGGAAGGAUGAACGUCUCCACGAGGAAAGUCAUCCCCAUGGAAACCCCGGAGAAAGACAAGGAAGAACUGCUCAAAACGGAGGAGUACAAAGAGACUGUUUCGGAGACCCCCUUCCUGUACUUGACGUUGGACAUACCCCAGGCCCCGCUUUUCAAGGACGAGUUUGAACAGAACAUCAUCCCUCAGAUCCCGCUGUCUUCCCUCCUGGCCAAGUUUGACGGUACGACAGAGAAAGAGUACAAGACAUACAAAGAUUCAACCAUCAAGCGAUUCCAUCUAACCAGGCUGCCUCCAUAUCUCAUACUCUGCAUGAAACGCUUCAACAAAAACCUCUUCUUCACUGAGAAGAACAGAACGAUUGUCAACUUCCCUGUCAAGAACAUGGAUUUCACGGAGUAUCUCUUGGACGAUGCCGAGGUCCGUCAGAGAAAUCCGUACACCAGCUACGACCUGAUCGCCAACAUCGUACAUGAAGGGGAGCCGGGCUCGGGAAAGGGCAUCUACAAGGUCCAUGUACUACACAAAAGUACAGGCAAGUGGCAUGAGAUUCAGGACUUGCACGUAGCUGACAUCCUACCACAGAUGAUCACGCUGUCAGAAGCAUACAUACAGAUUUGGGAGAGGAAAGAUACGAAGAACGAGGAGCCCGUAGAAGAAAACAAACCUGAACAGAGGGCACCAGAGACAUAACACAGCCAGACUUUUGUCCCUUUUUAAACAACAAAUAAUGUCAUAGAGCUUUUGUAUUGUUAUACCAGGUGAUCUUUUCAGUCACGUUUAUUCACAGUUUCUGUCCACCCAAGUUAGUAUUAUCUAAUAUGGAUACAUUGUAAACUAGAUUUACUUAUGUUUGUGGACAAACACUUGGCUUUUUCGGCAUUUCGUUAAUGCAUGUUCAAGUCGAAUUAUAAACCGAUAGUUGUAUGUAUUACACAUCCUAACGAAGGUACAUACCAAGUUACAACACAAUCGGGACAUAGUUUUGUUGAUAUAGGCCUUCGAAAAAUUAAUGACGUAAUAUGUCAUGUAAUGACGUCAUCGUGAUGUCACUUCAAACUUCAAAAAGAAGAACUUCAAAAAGAAGAAGAAAACAAAGGGAAAAAACAAAUCUUAGCAAAAACAAAGGCUGUUUUGGCAUGUUUGACAAAAUGGCCAAUUACUCACAGUUUUUAUGUUUGCAGCAACAAAAUUGCUCAAGAUUUUAAGUUGCAUAACACCUAAAGUGUUAAAGUUUCAGCUCAGUGGACAUUUUGACAAAACGGAGAAAAUGUACGCAGUGUCAAAAAAUGUUUAUUAAAGUGUGCCCACAUGCACACUUUUUUAAAAACGCCUUGAAUAAUAGUUUUGCUUCCAAACAAUAACUUUUCAGGCAGAAUAAUUUCACAGGGUAUUUCAUAACAGUCCCAUCUUCACUUUGAGACUUUUCCGGUAAUUGCAAUGUUUCUGCGUAGCUUUAAAAUGACACAAAAUGACACAUUUGUUGUCCAUGAUAACUCGUCCUUUAUUAGCAAACAAAAUAGUAAACAAUUUUGUUACAAAACGUCCAAAUAAAAGAGAUUGAAAA